GCCUACGGGAUGUGGUGGGGGUGGGGAGAGGAGAGGGAGAAGACCAGCGAGGAAGGGCUGGAAAGCGUGCCUGGCAGCCUGGAACCCAGCGAAGAGAGCAGCGUAGGAAAGCGAGGGAACUAGAGAGAAUAGAGGAGACUGAGACUGACCGGUAGCCAGACAGGCGGACGUACGCCCGGACAGACAGACUCAGCCGGCGCUGGAGAACCUCUGAUAGGUUCCUCCCGCCUUUCCCUUUGAAAACCAGGAUUUUGCUUUUUCCGUGGCGCCCGAGAGAGAAUGCUGGACUGCCGUCUUCAGCACAAGCUAAGAUUUCGCAGCUAGGCAAGAAAAGAUCAGCUCAAUCCUGAGGGGGGAGGGGGUGGAAGCAAGUGCCCCUGUCCCCAUCCCCCUUCCCUCCCCUCCCCGACGAACUCGGGCGCCAAACCCAACCCUUCCUUAACCACCCGACUUCCUCUUCUCCUUUCUAGCAUGGUGGCUGUAUGGACAGUCUGACAGAACAGAGACUGACAUCUCCCAAUCUGCCAGCCCCCCACCUGGAACACUACAGUGUUCUGCAUUGCACCAUGACCCUGGAUGUGCAAACUGUAGUCGUUUUUGCCGUGAUUGUAGUCCUCCUGCUUGUCAAUGUCAUACUCAUGUUUUUCCUGGGAACGCGCUGAAUGGAGUACAGCCACCUGAGCUGUCGCGAACUCUCGCUUUGAUUUCAUCCCGAGAGCCAUCGCCGGGGGGGGGGGGGGUGUCGGGAGAGAGAGGAGAGGAGAAAGAGAGAGAGAGGAGAAAGAGAGAGAGAGGGAGAGAGGGAGAGAGAGAGAGACCAGGGAAGAGAGGGAGAGAAAGAACAAGCUUUUUUACUGGGGGGAAACGUUUUGAGCUUCAACAUGGCCUCGCUGUGAUAUCUGAUCACUGGAGAUUCCAUCGUUAGUGCUGAGGCAGUAUGGGAUCACGUCACCAUGGCCAACCGGGAGUUGGCAUUUAAGGCUGGCGAUGUCAUCAAAGUCUUGGAUGCUUCCAACAAGGAUUGGUGGUGGGGCCAGAUCGACGAUGAGGAGGGAUGGUUUCCUGCCAGCUUUGUGAGGCUCUGGGUGAACCAGGAGGAUGGGGUAGAGGAAGGGCCCAGUGACGUGCAGAAUGGGCACCUGGACCCCAACUCAGACUGCCUGUGCCUGGGCCGACCACUCCAGAACCGGGACCAGAUGCGGGCCAAUGUCAUCAAUGAGAUUAUGAGCACUGAGCGUCACUAUAUCAAGCACCUCAAGGACAUUUGUGAGGGAUACCUGAAGCAGUGUCGGAAGAGAAGGGACAUGUUCAGUGAUGAACAACUGAAGAUCAUCUUUGGGAACAUUGAAGACAUCUACAGGUUUCAGAUGGGCUUUGUGAGAGACCUGGAGAAACAGUACAACAAUGAUGACCCCCACCUCAGCGAAAUAGGACCCUGCUUCCUAGAACAUCAAGAUGGAUUCUGGAUAUACUCUGAGUAUUGUAACAACCACCUGGACGCCUGCAUGGAGCUUUCCAAGCUGAUGAAGGACAGCCGCUACCAGCACUUCUUUGAGGCCUGUCGUCUCUUGCAGCAGAUGAUUGACAUUGCCAUUGAUGGUUUCCUUCUGACUCCAGUGCAGAAGAUCUGCAAAUAUCCCUUACAGUUGGCUGAGCUCCUCAAGUAUACAGCCCAAGACCACAGUGACUACAGAUAUGUGGCAGCUGCUUUGGCUGUCAUGAGAAAUGUGACUCAACAGAUCAACGAACGCAAGCGACGUUUGGAGAAUAUUGACAAGAUUGCCCAGUGGCAGGCCUCUGUUCUAGACUGGGAGGGUGAGGAUAUCCUAGACAGGAGCUCGGAGCUGAUCUACACUGGGGAGAUGGCCUGGAUCUACCAGCCCUAUGGCCGCAACCAGCAGCGGGUCUUCUUCCUGUUUGACCACCAGAUGGUUCUCUGCAAGAAGGACUUAAUCCGGAGAGAUAUCCUGUACUACAAAGGCCGUAUUGACAUGGAUAAAUAUGAGGUAAUUGAUAUUGAAGAUGGCAGAGAUGAUGACUUUAAUGUAAGCAUGAAGAAUGCUUUCAAGCUUCACAACAAGGAGACAGAAGAAGUACAUCUGUUCUUUGCCAAGAAACUGGAGGAGAAAAUACGUUGGCUCAGGGCUUUCAGAGAAGAGAGGAAAAUGGUACAGGAAGACGAAAAAAUCGGCUUUGAAAUUUCUGAAAACCAGAAGAGGCAGGCUGCAAUGACUGUGAGAAAAGUCCCUAAACAAAAAGGUGUCAACUCUGCCCGCUCUGUUCCUCCUUCCUACCCACCACCACAGGACCCGUUAAACCAGGGCCAGUACCUGGUCCCCGACGGCAUCGCUCAAUCGCAAGUCUUUGAGUUCACCGAACCCAAGCGCAGCCAGUCACCAUUCUGGCAAAACUUCAGCAGGUUAACCCCAUUCAAAAAAUAAUACCUACAGGGAGGCAGAUAAUUUUAAAAUAAACUAAAUAAAAUUAUAUUUAUAGAUGGACUUUUUUCGGAGAAACACUGUUGAAAAUAUAUGUGUGUGUAUAUAUACAUAUAUACAUAUAUAGAGACAUAUAUAGACAUAUGUAUACACACAGACCCUUGAGUAUAUGCACACACACACUUGUGUGGGCAUGUACAUACAUAUGUGUGCACAUACCACACACAUACAUACACAUACACAUACAUACACACUCAUAUACACACAGAGAAGGACCAAAAACGUUUUCUGUUGUUUUUGGUUUGUGAAAUCUAUAGGUGGUAGGAAGAGGUACAAAUGACUUCCAAACAUGUGACCCCUUCUUAAAACUUUACAGUUCUUACCCUGUUCCCUUCCUCUUUUCUUUCAGAGAUUGACAUUUCCAUUUGUUCUUUUUCUUGUUAAGAUACUCUCUUUGCUCCCAUGUGAAUGAUUCAUUGACUUUUUAUUAUUACCAUAGAUGCAUUUGUAUUGGUUUUCUGCUUUCAUGAUAAUAGAGAUGAUGAUGACUUUUGAUUUUAAUUUGGUGUGGUGGGUUUGGGAUUUCUUUCUUUCACUUUUCACCGAGGAAAGGGAAAAUCCCCAUUUCCUCUCCUUCAGCCAAUCAUCUGUGAAUAUUCCUGUAGCCCUGCAGUUUCCCCAGAACAGCCUUUACCCAGCAUCCUCUGUCCAAAGUCCUGCUAGUCAGGACAUGAUCCUUAAUGCCAUGUGACAUAAGUGCUUGGUAUUUCUAUUGCUUUCUCUGUAUUUUAGAUGUUGAGGAAGGAUACCAAACCAAAAAGAAACAAGGGAGUAUCAGAGUAUUAUGAUGCUAAAGAAGAGUUCUGUUCAGGAAAUAUUUUUCUUUGGACUAUUUCUUCUAACUUUUGUGAGUCCUCAUGUUGCAGCACUUCUGGGUCAUUGCAGUUUUGCAUCUGGGGAUUAGUUUGGACCAAUUAGUCUCUUCAGACUCCCUUUGUUAUGAGUCUCCUCUUAGGCCUGGCCUCCCUAGCCCAACAGAAGAUCUGAACUGGAAGCAGAGGCUGAGACUCUGUCUCCUAAGGAAGGGAUUUAUCUCUGGCCCUUCCCAAAGCACCAAGUAGACGUAAAGCAGGGCUCCCUACAGCAAGCAGUUCAGUGUUCUGGUCACCUCUGCUCCCAUUUGCAGAUUUUUAAGGCAACAUUGAUAGGAGUCUAUGGAGGGAUUCAAGCCAGAACCCACCUGACCAAGAUCAUCAGUUGCCUUCAAAUUAUUGACCUGAACAGAGUCCAAGGCUGACAGUAAAAUAGGCAUGGAAAGAAACAACAUUGAUCCAAGAUACAGUACCUCUAGUUCCUACCACCCCAAUUAAGUGAAUUGUCCCCCAUUGUUAGCAGAUUGCAUGGACAAUCUUCCCUGGCUCCCUCCUUUCUUUUUCUCUGUCUUCCUUCUUUCUCUUGCCCUCUUGGCACAGGAGAAUUGCUGAUGUUGGCAUAGUCAAAGCAGUUCUGGCACUGGAAGAUUGCCUUGUUUCUAACAUCUUCCUAUCCCAGAACACUUAAGGCCAGUGAGUGAUGGGCCCAGGGGAACAUUUCCCUCAGGACAAAGGAUCUGAGGCAGAGACACUACCCUCAAGAUUAUUUUUGCCAGGCUUUCCACUAACUUCUCCCACAAAGAAUCAGGAUUCCCAAUGAGUAUAGGAAUACCCAUUUGUCCUCUGUACAUGGCCCUUUCCUUGGUUAGACCUUGAAUAGCAAGGAAUAGGGUAUAAAGAAGUGAGGGUAGGCCCUGCUAUAGAAAGCCACUCUAACAAGGGAUCGAGAUUAUGACUCUGUCUUGGAUCCCAUGGAAGAAGACUUCAGUGUGAAAGGAUCCCAUUUUACCAGGCAGCUGCCACAGUUCCAUGAAGGCUUCAACAUAGGUGAUUAUUUUACUGCUUUGUGCCUCCUGACCCAGACCAGGCCUUGCCUACCCUGGUAAGCUUUCCCCUGUGGAAAUCAAAUUACAAGCUUUUGAAUCUUCCAUUCUAUCACAGCAAGUCAGAAUUGUAAAGUUAAGGGUUAGUGACUUAGCUCAGUGGCACCAUGCCUGUGCCUGCCUUGAAAGCACAAGGUCGUGAGUUCAAUCCCCCCCAGUACAAAAAACCCCCACAAAAAAACAGAAUUGUAAAGUUAAGGCAAGGACAAGCCUGAUUUGAAUAGAGAACUAGGGCUCAGGUCUGGCCACCAUGUGACCUAGCUACUUAAGCUUAGCUACAUAAGCCUCCUUGGCAAGGAACCUUGUGCCCAGCACCCAGGUUAAAAUUUACCCCCUUGGCAAACAGAGCGUGUUUUAGUGUCUGUGCAGGCCUCUCUUUAUUGUAUUCCUUUUCCUACUUUCCACUACUCCUCAUUAGGCUUAGCUUUGUCUUAUUUUCCUAGGGUUGGAAGCACAUCAGGAGGGAAUGCUUGGAAAAGUCCUUGGGCUUAAAGCAUCUCUUGGCCAUGCCUUCACAUCUACUUACCCUCCCUGGGUCCUUUACCCCUGGGGCUCCAGGGUCAGGGAUAUCACUCCCCUCUUCUCCUUUACAUAAUCCAACAGUCUUAGGAGAUGCCAGUAAUUUGUGAAAAUAAGAAAUUAGCUCUCCAUUGAUUGGAAUGCCCCCACAUAGCAGAAAAGCAUACCAGUCAGUGGCCAUUAGCCCAAAGGGGAGCCAGGAAGUCAAUUCUGGGCUCAGUAUCUAAACAUGUUGUGUCCCCAUAGCAAUGCUAUCCUCAAGAACUGUAUAAUUCUUUGUUUCUAUGUGGCCCUGAGUUCCCCUUUCCUGAAUUCAGUGAGGCCUGGAUUUGCUCUUCAUAUUGCUGGUAUGUUUUAUGGCCCCCACUAUGGGGAAGUCCUAACACAAAAAUAAAACUUUUUCUCUCUCUUCUCCCCCUCUGUAUAUGUCUAUAUCUUUAAUGGAUCUAUUAAGGACACCAACAAGAGAGUUUUGACAAUUCUAAUGUGAAAGCAGAUAGUGAUUUUUUUAGUGCUUUGGGGUAGGGUGGGCUGGGAUCAAUAGAAUAGGCAACAGUGAUUUUGAUUACCCCUACUGCUCUGCAUUUGGCAAUUUAUUCUUUUGUUUCUACUGUUUGACUGUUUGACCCUUUUAAACAAGUGUCAGAAUUGUCUAACAAAAAAAAAGAUGUAAUGACACAAAGCCUUAUGAAGAUACUUAUGGAGUUCAAUAAAAAGUAAAAAAGACA